CGGAUGCAUGCAGAUCUUGUGUCACUCGAGGGUGGCAAGAAGGAAAUAACAGUGGCAGAUGUGUGUGGAGCUUGGAGACACAAGCUUUUUGACCAUCGCAGAGAAAGGAUUGCUGUGCUCUCUUGUCUCAGACUGCCCUAUUGAGACAACGAGGAGCGGGAUUCUUCAGGAUCAAGUCAGUCACCUUCCAGAACCUCAAUCUUGCAAGAUCCAGUAUGAUCUACAAGGCUUAAACUUACAAUGAGGUGUUUCUUAUGGCUGCUCUUCCUUUCAGGUUCUCUAGGCAAUCCAUUAUCUGUGACACCCGAAAACCUAAGUAUUUGGGAGGGAUCUUGUGUGACCAUUUCAUGCAAAAUCAAAGAGGAGCAUAGUGGUCGACCUAUCAACCAGGUGUCCUUUGCUUGGUAUUUUAACCCUUCAUUUGACAAUGACCGACGUGAGUUCAGUGGAGAACUCUUAUAUAAGAGCAACCAGACAGCAACUGAAGUCCUUUCUGAACGUAGUAAUCGAGUGAAAUUUGUGGGUGAUUUAAAAAGCGAAAACUGCAGUUUGAAAAUUUCCCAGCUCCGCCGAAGUGAUACAGGCACUUAUGGGAUCAGAUUUUAUUGGAAAUCUGGACUAUUGCCUAAGCAACAGAAAUGGCUAUCUAAAGUUACUAUUACGGUUCGUGGAACCCCUUCAGAACUGAUUCAAACGAAGUCCCCACAAAUGGAAGAAAACAACACGUAUAUAGUGGCAUGUUCAAUACCUUAUCAUUGCUUAGAUGAGCCCAUAAAAUUGUCUAUCCAAGGAUUAGAAGGUCGUCAUCUUCCGUCCCCAAAAUCUGAUCUUCUGACCACUAACAUCGAAAUAGUAAAGACUGAACAGACUUUCAUGGCCACUUGGGAGGACCAUGAGAAACAAUUGACAUGCUUGCUAAAAACCUAUGAUGGGAGAGAAACAACGAAACAGUUUGCAAAUCUGAUGGUGAAAUAUGCUCCCAAAGGAGUUAAAGUGAAUGCUGAUCCUGGAGGUGCAGUCAAAGAGGGAAACAAGCUCACUCUGGAAUGUACAGUUAGAAGCAGUAAUCCACCUGGGCUUUCUUAUCAGUGGUUUAAGGAUGGUAAAAUUUGGAACGAUUGGCUACCGGAUGCCAGAAGAGAGUUUUAUAGUUUAAAAGAAACAGAUUCUGGCAGUUACAGCUGUAAAGCUAAAAACGACAUUGGAAGUAUCAACUCUGGAAGUCUGACAAUCGACGUCCAGUAUCCGCCAAAAGUCAAUAUUAUAAUGCCACCAUCACCCAUCCAAGAAAAGAACAAUGUGGUUUUGAGAUGUUCAGCCACCGGCAACCCUCCCAUCGGUGGUUAUAAAUGGUACAAAAGCAGCACAUCUGGUAUUAUCACGACUGGAUCGGAACUGCGACUUGAGGCAAUUCAACCCGAGAAUUCUGAUACCUAUCAUUGUGUGGUCCACAAUGAGAUAGGUAAUUCGAAUGCCUCUGUCACACUGAAUGUUCACUAUCGCCCCAAGGAUGUCCAACUUUUUCAUUUAAAUCAUUUACCCAUAAAGGAAGGAGACCAAGUCAUUUUGAACUGCUCUGUGGGCAGUAGUUACCCCAGCAUCAACUAUUACAUAUUUGUUGGGUCAAGUGGCGACACGCGCAGAACUCCUCGCUCGUCACUGGUGUUCAUCGCAUUACCUGCACUACACACUUCUUACAGAUGCGAAGCAUGUAAUAGUGUUGGCUGCACUUCCUCCCCAAGCAUCACUUUUGAUGUCCUCUAUGGCCCCAAAGAUGUCAGGCUCAGUCAAGAACCUUCAGGGUUGGUCCUCGAAGGCAAUUCUGUUCAUCUGACUUGUAGUGUGAGCAUGGCCAACCCCAAGGAACUCAGCUACACCUGGUAUAAAGAUGGGCAACUUCUGCCACUGAACUCUACAGAAAAGGUUCUAUUCAUCCAGAAUGUCCAGUCAAUGGAUUCUGGCAUCUACCAUUGUGUAUCAAAAAACAUCAUAACAAAUGCAGAGUCUCCAAUUAUUAGGCUGAAAGUGAAUUACGGACCUCGUAACGUUCAUCUAACUCUAGACAAGAAAGCUGUUAUUGAAGGCAUGGAUGUCAAUUUGAGAUGUGAUAAUGAUGCUUACCCAUCAGUGGCUACUUACAAGUGGUACUGGAAAGGAGAAGAAAUCUUUAUGGAGAGUUCCAAAAUCUUAGUACUCAGGAAAAUUAAGGUGGAGCAGUCAGGAGAAUAUCAUUGCGAAGCAUUUAAUUCUAUCUCUAAUAAGGAAUCACAGCUCAUCACCAUUAGUGUAUCCUAUAGCAAAGCUACACUGAUGAAACGAACUUUGAUUAGCCUUGGCAUGGUUCUUGCCAUUAUUAUCUUACUGGGGUUGCUGAUUUAUGGCUUGAAGAAAUGGAAGAAAAAAACACGUUCAGACAUUGGCAGCACACAGAGGACAGGCUCGUUUUUUGUGAGGAAGGCCAAGCGAGAAGGACUACCCAAUAACAACUCCAGACCAAAUGGAGGUAGAACAGGCAGCCCCCUAGACUGCCAGAAUGAGGAGCAAGACGGCACCAUUUCAUAUGCAAGACUCCAGUUCGCCCACAGUGGGUUACAGGACCGUACUAUUUAUUCCAGUGUCAUGCAGCCAAAGGUGGGACUGGAUUCCUCAGAGAACAGCGUGAUCUACAGUGUAGUAAAGAAACCUUCAUUCCACCCCAAGAAUGACACCAAGAUGGAUUAUGAGAAUGUGACGAAGAAAGAAGAAGAGGAACUGCACUAUUCUUCCUUGGUGAACCUAGCGCCACGCUCCCGUCCCACCAACAUUGACUUAGAAACAGAUUCUGAAUCAGAAGACAGCAUCCAAUAUGCAGCUCUGAAGCACUGAUCUACUCAAGUUUGCAGAGAUCAGGACUCUCCUGCUAGGGACUGGAAAGAGAUUAGAGUUGGGCGUGUCUAAAAAAAAAGCUUUCUUUUUACAACUCUCCGGAAUCUGAGAGUUCCGCGGGUAAAAGAAGAAAGAUAAAAUAGGAUAAAGGGCUAAUAAAGCCAGUAUUUAAGUUUAUAUUGUGCGUCCAAGUCCACAACAGGAGGCAUAUAAUGAUCAGCUUUCAAAUUAUAAACCUAAUUCACUGGUCUUUUUCAUGACUGCUAAAGCUUCUCUGUCUGAUAUUCAAUCCACCUCUUAGAAACUAUUAUAGAGCAGCUCAAACUUGUUCAUAUAGAUGCUUUUUUCAGGGGUGGGCAUCAAAAUUUUUAGCAAGGGGUUCUCUGCCCAGUUGCUGGGUGGGCGUGGCCUAGUUGGGCUCCUGUACCAUGGCGGUGGGUGUGGGGGGACCGUUUUUGCCCUCCCUGGGCUUGGAGGCUUUCUUCAAGCCUCUGGGAGGACGAAAACAGCCUCCCCAGGCUCCAGAGGCCCUCUGGAGGCUGGAAAUAGGCCUGUUUCUGGCCUUCCCAAACUUCUGGUAGGCCUGUUUUUCACCCUCCCUGUGCCUCUGCGUGCGCCCUGCACUUACCUGCAUCCAAAAUGGGCCGCAUGGGGACUCCUGGGAGGGCAGUGAAGGGCCAGCCAGGAGUGGGAUUUGGGGGUUCUCUGAAUUGCACAGAAUCUUAGCUAGAGGUUCUCCCGAACCCCUGCAAACCCCCAGCAGCCCAGCCCUGGCUUUUUUUCCCAAGAAGCAACUGGGCUUUCUUGUUUUUCUUUGAAGGCAUUUCGCUUCUCAUCCAAGAAGCUUCUUCAGCUCUCCCAAAGUGCAUAGCUAAAUGUCUAUGGAGAUGCUCAGUCAUCAAGAUCAUAGUUGUCCCCAGAGAUGCUUUUUUCUUUUCAAGAGGCAGCUGGACUUUCUUAUUUUUCUUUGAAGAUGUUUCGCUUCUCAUCUCAGAAGCUUCUUCAGCUCAAAAAGCACCUUUGGGACAAAAAACACCUUUGGAUGACUGAGCAUCUCCAUAAACUUGUUCAUAUAGUUUGUUAUAUAGUUCAUAGUUCACAUAUAGUUCAUAUACUUUCAAUUCUGACAAAUAGGACUUUUUCAGGCCAGAGAUCUUCCUGACUAGACAACCCUAAUUUGCUAUCUAGGUCAUCAGAUUGUCUUAUGUUGUAUCUUCUACCAUGGCACAGUUACUUCAAGCUUACCAGUUCCAACCAUGUGAGAUCUAUUACCAAUCAGUUCUUCAAAAUAAAUGAAGUGAUAAUCCCAGAUACAGUUUUCCUUCUGUGCUUCUCAGAGUAGAGUUUGAUAUGUUCAGCCAAAUACAUUAAAUCCAGCAAUCUCA